GAAGGAGGAACAAGGAAGAUCACCGUCCCGGUUCCAUAAAUACCGUGGGCCCGCGAGCGUAGACUCAGGGCCCAAGUGUGAGGUCCAAAGAGAUGCUUACUCUGUCAGCCAUCCACUCCCCUACGAACGGUAUUAUAUCCCUUCUUCGUUUGCAUCCUGUCUCUUCUGUAUCCCUCGUUUUCUGUUGUGGGGACUCUGUCCUAGCACUGGUCCUGAUCGACACAGUUCGAGCAUCUCUCGCGCGAGGGGAAGAAGCGUAUCUUAAACCUUAAACUAAGAACAGCAAAACAGGCGGAAGGAGGACCAGCCGUUACUUCUCUGUGGGUAUACAUACAUCAAAGAGAAGCUGUACUGGUCCGUUGGCAGGUUUCGCUGUCGAACGCAUCGGUGUCAUCAGUUUGUUUCUGCUCAACCGCGGGCGUAAGACGGAACCGCAGAGUUGUAUGCGGUCUUCCCAGUUAGCAAUCGACUUCCUUUUCAUUUUUGCACUUUCCUUUUGAAAGGCAACAAUGAAUCAAGGCUCAGGUGCUGAGGGUGGCGGCCGAAAAGGACGGCGCGGCGAGCACGAGCAAGUUCGUCGGCAACAAAAAGCAAAAGCGGUCACCAAGAAACAUAGAAAGCGGGUGUGGGUGAAUUAUAAGGAUAAAACUCAGGGAUGGAAGAAGUUCAAAAAAGUUCAAGACGUAAAAGCGCGUGCAGCCCUGUGGAAGCUGCGACGAAGGGAAGACCGCAACGCGCAGUUUGAUGAAGAACCUGGUGACGCAGAACGCACUCUUACGCGUGCCAGUGAUGACCCCGAUGCCUUCCUGCAGCAGCUGCUUGAUCCUCUGCAUGCAAUUCGGAAACGGAAACAAAAUGCUUUGCCGGACGAAGGCUCGGACGCGGUGCACGAACAGAAGACGGCGCGAGCUCGCGGAGAGAAGAGCACGGAAAGGACGGACGGAAACGCAGCAAGAUCGGGAGCUGAGGCGUCUCGGUCCCGACACUCCGACGACGAAGGCAACAGCGAAGAAGACGCGGAAGAGAGCGAAGAAGAUUCAGGCAGAGACGACCCUGAAGAAGAGGACGAAAGCAGUGGUGAGGGGGUGCGCCGCCGCGGAACGAAGCGAGGUUUCGGCGAUGCCCAGCGAGAGCAGAGAGAGCCACUCCACGCAGAAAGAAGGAAGAAACGUUGUGCGUCAGAGUCACUGGAGUCUAAUGAAGAUGAGAAAACAGAUUUCUCUCUCUCAAAUUCGGUGUCCUCUUCCCAGGCAGGUCUCCCGCGCAAACACCGAGGGUCUUUGAGAGGAUGUGGCGGCUCUUCUGCCAAGGACGAGGAAGAAGCAGAAGAGAAGGAAGGCAAGGAGCGUGCAUCGCCGCAGUCGUUUCGAGCUUCCGAGAGCGGCCAGCGAAAGGCAACGGCUCAAGAAAGACACGGAAGUUCGUCUGCUGUGUUCUACCCCUUCAAGAAGGCGAUGGAGGAGGCGGCACGACGGAAAGCCGAACAAGAUGCGAGGCGAAAGAAGGCAGAAGAGGAGAGAGUCAAGAGGGAAGAAGAGCGGAAAAUCAUGGAGGCGAGGAGAAGACAAGAAAGAAAGAAACUUCGGGCGAGAACGAAGAAAGGCCAGCCUAUUAUGGGAAAUGUCAUGCAGGUCCUGCUUGGCAAAAUCCGACGUAGGGAGGGAUUUUCCUCAUAAGCAAGGAAUCCCGAAACGAGGUUUCUCCUUUCUCUUGUACUCUCUUCUUUUCGCCUUCCCCCUUGCUUUGUGCUGUCCCGACUCUCACUUCUCGGUCAUCGCUUUCCUCCCUUGUUCUCGUUAAAAGGCCCUCCGCUGUUCGUUCUAGUGGCUCUUCUCUGGAGCUCAUCUUUUCCGGAUCUUUCUUCUUCUGUUACGUCCGUUUUCUCUGCUUCUGCGACUGCUUAUCCUUUUCUUCGUAUGCCUGUUUUCUUUUCUCUAUCUUCCUCUUCCUCUCCGUUUUACCUUCUUGGCACUCUCGCUGUCCGCCUCACUGCUGCUGCUUUCCGCGUCUGACAGUCACGGCUGUUCCGAGUUGCUCAGCCCUCGAACCCAAAAGUGGCUAUAGGAAGUCUCUUCUCCACAAGGUCUUGCAGAGUUGGAAGCGGCGUUCAUUUGUUCUUAUCGGACUUGGGCAUUUCCAUGUGACACGAAUUUUGUGUCCAACAAUGUCGCUGGAACGCACUUCUCCUCUCGUGAGCAGUGAAGGAUCACCUCUACC